AUGAAGACAUAUCUCAUUGAUACUUCUGGUUUGGACUAUGAAUAUGAAGAGGCUGAAGAUGCAAAAUACUUUGACCUUAGGGGCACUUUAAGACAAGAUUUCGGACUCGAAGCUGCGUUAUUAAUGCCUCAUAGUAGCAGUAUUUGUUCUCCAAUAUCUGCGUUAUUACCCAUCGGUAAACUAGCCUUGGGAGCUGAAGGUAAAACACUUCGUGAACUCCAGAAAGCCAUCGGAGUGGAUUCAGAUUUGUCCCAUGACUAUGACUCUCCUUCGGAUGAGGUGGCAUCGCAAACACAUGGCAUGAUACCUUCUAUACUGUCAUCCGAUGAUAUAUCGAAAAACACUUCUUUGGUCAUUGUUAAUGCUAUUUAUUUUGCGGGUAAAUGGAAAUAUCCCUUUUCUUCAGUAAGUGUUGGAACUUUUCAUUCGGCGAAAGGCACUAGACAGAUCCCCAUGAUGUCGCGUACUCAGGACUAUGCGUACACGUUCAGCAUGCCUUUAAUGGCGCAGAUUGUAAGGAUACCAUAUCAUGGAGACAAGGCAUCGUUUCUUAUAGUACUUCCGAAGGAGAGAAACGGAUUAGAUUUAGUACUGCAACGUUUAAAUAGCGAACCGAAUUUGUUAGCAUGGGCGAUAUCUAAGAUGGAAAUGACGAAAGUUAUGUUAACGAUGCCUAAAUUUAAAAUAGAAUCUGAAUGGGACCUUCGCGAUUUGUAUCAGAAGGUAGGAAUAAGUACAAUUUUCAGAUCUAAAAAAUCUGAACUUAACAAUAUUGUUAAAAGCCAAACUUUAGUUGUGUCCGCGGCGGUACAGAAGGCUGUUAUAGAUGUUAAUGAAUUGGGCACAGAGGCUGGCGCGUCUUCAGCUAUAUCUAUAGUUAAUUUAUCAUUGGUGGAGCCAAUAAUACUUAAAGCUGACCAUCCUUUCCUGUUCUUCGUAAUGGGAUCAAACCAACAAUUGUUCUGUGGAAUAUUCAACGGCCUUUCAUAA